AUGAAUAAUGAGUAUUAUUUUGAAUAAUAAGUAAUUAAUAUAUAAUAAUACAAAAAAGUAGGUAUGAUAUUAGAAUACUAACCAAAAAUAUUUUCGAAGGAUUAAUUCAGAGUAAGAUAUAAGGAUUUGGAAGAAAUAUAUAAUGAAGAAAUGUCUCCAACUUAAAUCGAAUUAGGCUAUGAUAAUGAAUUGCAACAAUCGUUGUUAAACACAUUUUUAAAGAACAAUUCUUUGAUGGAAUGUAAAGUACAUUCUUAAAUUAAAAAUGAUCAAUUAGUGGAAUUAUUUGAUUGUUUUCAAAGUGAGGAGGAAUACACACUAAUUCUGGAAUACAUGAAUAAUGCUAACUAUUUUAGGGACAAAAUUGAAACUGAACUUAAGAUAAUAUCAACAGAGGCAAAAAUGAAGUCCUACAUGUCGGAUGUAUUGUUGGGACUAGACUACCUGCAUACGCAAGGAUAUAUUCACUGCGACAUUAAAUUAGAGAAUCUGUUUUGUGAAAAAUUGGAGGAUCAAGUGUUUAGAAAUGUGAAAUUAGGAGACUUAGGAUUGGUGCAUGGUUAUGAUCUAAACACAGGACUAGGUCUGAUGCCAGUGAAGUGUGGAACAGCCAAUUACAUUGCCCCAGAAAUUACAAAUAAUGCUAUGGUGUCUCCGAAAAUAGAUAUUUGGUCUCUUGGAAUAAUAUUGUAUACAAUGAGUUGUGGUUAUAAACCUACUCAAAUUCAAGGGUCAUACAAGUAUUCAUAAGGUCCCAUACCCUUUAGAAAGUUUGAUUGGAAAAAGAGGUCAAAAGAAUUAUAAAACAUAAUAACUUUGAUGCUUGAUAUGGAUCCAAAUAAAAGACCAUCCUGCCAAGAAUUGAUGCAGCAUUCUUGGUUUGAAAUUGAUUCUUGAUAUUAACAGUGUAUUUAUUUAAUACAAAUUCUUUC